AAACAAUGGAUUGAAAAAAAGAAAUUUCAACCAAACGGGUUUGGGCUUCGUGUUGACAAAAGCUACUAAUGAAUGAAAAACGUAUAAGUGGCAUGAUAUCAGAAAGCUUCGCUACUACUGCAGCGUUUUGUUAAACUCUCGCGCUUCAUCUCCCGACCCCCUUCAAAUAUAAAUACAUGUACAUCGAGUUAUUCGUACGUGCCCGUGUGUAUGUAUGUGUGUGUGUGUGUGUUACUUGGAACCGUUAGGUUUGCGGCGGAUCCGCAGAGCUCACAAAUACGAAGGACAAAGAUAAAGCAAAAAAGUGAGGUUAGGUUCGUUUUGCAGUUUUGGCUUCGUGGGGUGUUUUGGCCGCGAUUGAAACAUGGCACGAUCCUGAAAUUGUUACGGGGCCGACAAGAAUAUAUUCCGGCUUGAAAAUUUUUAUGUGCGGUGAAAUUGGUUGUUGUUAAACUAACGACGAAACGACAAAUGGUUGUUUCGGGCGGUAUGGUGCAACGACAAAUUGCGCUACGGCGCAAUGUCAGAAUACUCCUCGUCGGCGACCGGGGUGUCGGCAAAACAUCACUGAUCCUAUCCUUAGUCAGCGAAGAAUACGCCGAGGAAGUACCCAACAAAGCUGAAGAAAUCACGAUACCAGCCGAUGUUACGCCCGAACAAGUCCCAACGCACAUAGUCGAUUAUUCCGCUACCGAACAAACGGAAGAUCAAUUGAUGGAUGAAAUACAAAAAGCACACGUUAUUUGUAUUGUAUAUUCGGUUGACGAUGAAGAUACUCUAGACAGGGCGGCUAGCUACUGGUUACCAUUAGUCAGAAAGUGCUCUUCCAGUAAUAGGUGUCCCGUGGUGUUGGUAGGAAAUAAGAUCGAUCUUGUGGAUUAUUCCACCAUAGAGGCUGUUUACCCAAUAAUGAAAGAAUUCUCAGAAAUUGAAAGCUGCAUCGAGUGUUCAGCCAAAACUCUGCAAAACAUUUCAGAAAUGUUUUAUUAUGCUCAGAAAGCUGUGCUACAUCCUACAACACCUCUUUACAAUUACGACACUCAGGAGUUGACCCCGGAGUGUAAAACAGCGCUUCAAAGAAUAUUUAAAAUAUGUGACUUCGAUAAUGACGGUCUUUUGAACGAUAUGGAACUCAAUGCGUUUCAACAGUCGUGCUUCAACACUCCUUUACAACCGCAAGUUCUUGAGGAUGUCAAAGCUGUACUAUCGAAGAAUAUCCAAGAUGGCACUUGUAACGGUUUCGUCACAAUGAAAGGUUUCAUGUAUCUCCAGUGUUUAUUUAUUCAGCGUGGAAGAAACGAAACGACAUGGGCAGUAUUGAGAAAGUUUGGUUACGACAAUGAACUUCAAAUGUCGAAGGAAUAUAUUCAUCCAACUUUCAAAGUACCGCCUGGUUGUUCGACAGAACUUUCACACAAGGGACAGCAGUUUUUGACAUUUUUAUUUAUGCAACACGACCGGGAUCGGGACGAAGCUCUUUCUCCUUCCGAACUCGAUUCCCUGUUUUCUCGUUGCUCGUCCCCACCUUGGAACGACGAGUACAAACACAUGGUGAAAACGAAUGAAAAGGGAUGGUUAACGUAUCAAGGCUACAUGUGUCAGUGGGCGUAUUUGACGUUGACCAACGUUCGUAAGACCCUCGAGUACAUGGCUUACCUCGGCUACAAUAUGUACAACAACGAGUGUCAAACGAGCGCUGUAACAAUAACACGAGAGAAGAAAUUGGAUCUAGCGAAAAAACAAUCGAGCAGAAAUGUGUAUUCUUGUCACGUCAUAGGGCCAAAAUGCAGUGGAAAAACAACACUGUGCAGGAGCCUCAUUGACCCAAAACUCGAGAAAUUGACUGAUGACAAAGUUCCAGCAAAAAGUCACGUGACCGUUAACACCGUUCACGUUUACGGUCAGGAAAAAACUAUUAUUCUACGUGACAUUAAUAUAAUGAAUGUUCAGGAUGCCUUAACUCCAGCACAAAUUCAGUGCGAUGCUGCUGCUCUCGUUUACGACGCGAGCAAUCCAAAAUCCUUUGAAUAUAUCGCCAGAAUAUACAUUAAGUACUUUGCGGACAGUAAAAUUCCGGUGCUCAUAGUAGCGAACAAGAGUGAUUUGUCGGAAGUGAAACAGGAGUACUUACUUCAACCGGCGAGUUUUUGUAGCAAGUAUAAACUGAUGCCUCCGCAGCCGUACAGCGUGACUAGGACAGUCCGACCCGAGAUAUUUGUUAAGCUCGCAACAAUGGCAGCCUUCCCCCGCUUUCAAGCAGCGUGGGUAUUAUUUUACAGACACAGUACUUUAAGGCGAAUGGUCCACAUGUUGCUCGUCAAUACUGCACCUACCGAAUGGUGCAGUUCUUUCAAAAGACACAUGAAGCAAUUUGGUUUAAUACAAGGAGAUUCGGUCGUUUGGUGGAAAGCAGGUCUUGGCAUCGCAGCAGCUACCAUCGCCGGUUUCAUGAUGAUGCGAGUCCUCAAUACUGACAAAAGAUAGUCUACCAUACAUCUAUAUAUACACAUGUUUAUAUAUAUAAAUAUUUUUUUUAGUUACCCUCCCGAUCCCGACAGUCCCUCGUAUGCGUGAAUAAUCCCCUUGUUUCAAAUCCUAUAAUUCGUGAACACACGCAUUAAGUUAAUAAACUUUGUUCUGAAAUCAUCGAUUUCUACAUAUUAGGGCUCGAACGAUGUUUACACAAUCAUGAUAUUUAUUAUUGUUAGUUUUACACAGUGAUAUUUUUUCUCUUGUUUUGACAACAUUUCUAUUCCUUGGUAUCAUGCGGAUCUUCUUCUAUACACUGCCACCAAGCGAAUAUUUCAUUUAUACAUGUUUUUUUAAUUAUAUUUCUUUCGCUUUGCCAAACGCAAAGUGUAAUCAUGGUAAAUGCCCAGAAGGAAAGUACAGAGAUGCUGCUUAUUUAUCGAGUCUUGUCUUCAUAGCUUUUUUUUGUCUCAUUUCAUCAAAACAUCACGUUGCGAGCAUGGAACCUGUUUUUCUUUUGCUAUCAACAGACAAAUGUGUCCGAGAUUGGUAAAAUUAUUCAACAUUCUUACCCUCGAUGUAAUCAUUCGCAUGAUUUUAGGACAUCCCAAAUGACGCUCCGUUUGUAGAAUUUUAUCUCCGAGUCGGAGGAGGGUUUUGUUGCGAUUACAAUAUUGAGCAUUACAAGGAAAAAAUUAUACUUUUUAAAAAUUGUUGCGGGUUCCUAAGGAAACAUACGGUGAACUUUAGAAUGUGACGUUACAGGUGAUUUUUCACGAUGUCUGAAAUUAAAGAAUUUAGUCAACGUGUACAUUGUCAGUGUCUGCAUUGGGAUUCACUCUGUUUUAGUAACAAGCGUUAUAGGUUAUUUAAUAACUCAAUUGGAUAUGACACUGCUGAUGAGUUAUUUUGACCCUGGUCCUUCAGCUCGAUGAAACACUUUCAUUUGUCAAAACUUCCUGAAUGUUAACUUGUAUAUUUUCCGAAGUACUUAAAAUUUUAGAAUCGUUUCACUCACAAUUCGAUUCUAUUGCAUUAGAAUAACUUCAAACGAAAAGACUAAGACGCAAUAACCUGUGAGGCUCGAUCGUAGUAGUUUCAGAUUAACUUAAUGUGGUAUUUCUGAAAAACUUGGCUAAACAUUCAGAAUUUUAACUCUUCACUUCAUCGAAAUUUUUAUUAGAUGUAACUUCGACCUAAGAAAAAAGUACAGAAAUUAUACCAGAUCAAAUCUAUUGGAAACAAACGGUUCAAAAUAUAUAUUUCCCAGUUUUGUGAAAAUCUUGACGAUAAGGCGUUGGUGCAAAUUUGGUCCAUCGUUUAUAGAUUUAUAUAUUUUUCUGCGUAAGAGUAUGAAUGAAAUGUUGAUCCAUUAAAAUUGGAUAAAAAUUCUGAUUUCAAAGGGCACCCAAUUUUUGGUGCGCAGUCGUCUGUGCCUGCUACAAAGAAAAAAUGCUUUUGAGCACAAAUCGCUGUAAGAGGAAAACGCAAACUAUAAACAUACUUCAUUCAUCCACACAUUUAUGUAAUUUUCCUAACUCCAGGUAGAAUAAAUCGGAAGUGGAAGUUGGAUAA